AUGGCGUUGGUGGAGGUGCUGAUGUCGUCUCUGUUGCGGCUCCUACAGGUGAGUGUGCUCGAAGCUAUCAGAAUCAGCUGUGCGGGAUACCCCACUAGACGCUCGUUUGAUGAGUUUCUUCUCCGAUUUGGGGUUCUAGCUCCAGAAGUUUUGGGAGGAAAAGAAGGUUACAUGCCAAAUGAUUUUAGACAAAAUGGGAUUGAAGGGCUAUCAGGUAAGACAAAGGUCUUUUUACGAGCCUGUCAAAUGGCUGAACUAGAUGCAAGGAGAGCAAAGGUUCUUGGAAAUGCAGCCAAAACCAUUCAAAGGCAAAUUUAUACUCUCAUUGCACGGAAGGAAUUCAUCUCAUUACGUCGAGUGGCAAUUCAGUUACAGUCAUGUUGGCGAGCUCAAAAUGGUUCUAGCUCUAUUCUUCACGUGCUUUUAUUCCUGUGGAAAAUUGUUGUUGGUUUGCAUGAUUACGUUUGUACAUUGACUCAUGCUACAAGGGAAACGGGAGCCCUCAAAGAAGCAAAAGACAAGUUAGAAAAGAAAGUAGAGGAGCUUACAUGGCGCUUACAGUUUGAGAAACGAUUGAGGAGUAAGUUGGAAGAGACAAAAGCAAAUGCUAGAGUAAUAAAAGAACAAGAGGCAGCACAGAAAGCAAUUGAAGAAGCUCCUCCAGUUGUUAAAGAGAUCUGUAAUGGAUUUUUAGGUUUGAGUGUGCAAGACCUGUGA